GAUAGCUGGAGUAGCAUUAAACGGCACAUGCAAUAAAGGUGACGUUGAGAAGUCGCUGGAAAACAUGAAGACAGUAGAUAGCGUUCCUUUCCAUCGAAUUUUUGGCCUACUGAAUAACGUGAACAAACAAGUUGAUCUUUUCAGCAAAUACAAUGUAGAUAAGAUAUUCGACCUGAGGAUAUUGUCCGUUGAUGCUCAAUUCAGAGGGAGAGGAGUUGCCAAGGAGUUGUUUUCGAGGAGUGAGAUUAUAGCAGAGGAAUAUGGUUUCCAGUUAAUGAAAGUGGAUGCAACUAGUUUGUUCACACAGAAGGUGUGCGAAAGUUUUGGACUUGAGGUAGAAAAGGCCGAAAGAUACGGAGAUUUUAAGGACAAAGAUGGGAAGAAGAUUUACGACACGAAACCGCCACAUGACUACUACAAACUGAUGGUUAAGGUGUUGAAAGGGAUUCGAAGCACAGAUUGAAGUACCAAAAAGUAUUAGGUAUCUUUCGUAUAUCAAAUGACAUACUCACAUGCUCAACCAUGAGAGCUAUUUUUUCAAUUCAAGGUUUACAGAAAUGUGUUUAUAAAAAACAAGUUUUAACUAAUGAACGCUCACUUGUCAGCAUUGUACUUGCUUUAACAAUCCGGGCCUAAAAAUAUUAGGAAAAUCGAAUUAGGAACGACCUGCACCCACCUAUUUAAUGGAUGAAAAGUGAUACCAAAUGUAUGCUAAAAAAUAUAUCACGAAG